AAGGGAUCGGAUUGGUCGAAAUGAGAACGUCUCGUUGCAAGCAAAAAUAUCUUUGUUCCAUUUGGGAAUUUUUGGCAACAAGACCCAAUGUCUCCGCUCAACUACGUCGAAAAGCUAUGCGUGUUGACGGACAUGGUGGACUCCCCCGCUGCCCAAGUGAAAGAAGCGCCAGCGCAUGGAGAGAAGCGCAUUGGUCGCGUUGACCUUGUGGGCUCUAUCGUCAAGAAAUCUUUCGUUGCCGCACUCAGCCAGGAUACCCUCGGAGACUCGUGGUUAGCCGUAUGGGCUCGCAAAUGGAACCGAAGCCUUGCGUCCAAAAUCGACAUUAUCGGCACGUUGUGUGCUCUUGUGUGGACGCUCCAGCUGUACCAAGCGUUUCUGCGGUGGAAUGAGUCUCGUACGGACAUCCAGGGCUUUGCGCUGCUGCAUGACCCAGUGCUACGGCAACUCACCCCUUCGGACUUUUCCCUUCCGCUAUUCUUCCUCGUGUAUGGUGCGGUCAUCCUUGCACUGGGCGUGUACGGCCGAAAUAAGCCGGACCUUGUCAUGGAACUCCUACAAGCGAAGACAUGUGUGAUUUACAUGCGAAUGAUUGCAUUGUACUUGGUGCCAUUGGAAGCACCUGUUGGCACGAUCCCGUUGAUUGACCCCAUCGCUGGCAGCGACGGAGUCGUGCUCAUGCGAGAUCUGUUCUUUUCGGGACACACAGCCACGACAUUUCUCGUGUUUCUGACGUGUCGUCGCCAAGACGCGGCAUGGAAGGGUCUGUUCUUUGUCAUGGCGGCCACCACCGCUUUCAUGGUGACCUUACAGAAGACUCAUUACGCGAUUGAUGUCUUUGCAGCGCCGUUCUUUGUAUACACAUGUCAUGGUAUGAUCUACGAAGUGCGUAGUGCAUGUCGUGCACUGCACGUUUCAGUAACCUACCAUCCAUGGGCUCAGAAAUAGUUCCAAGGUUGCCCUCUCGGCUCUAUUUUAUCCAUUUCUUACCUUAUUCGUGA